ACCUCCCCCCAUGUUGAAACCUUCUUCUUCUUCUUCUUCUUCUUCUGCAGCAGCAGCAGCAGCAGCCUCAGCAGCAUCCACACCUUAUUCUUCUGCUGCCCCUCCUCUUCUUCCUCCUCCUCCUCCUCCUCCCCCUCCUCCCAAUUCCGACCAUGGCCUCACCACCAAAAGAAAAAGAAGACCCGCCGGCACUCCAGAUCCGGAUGCUGAAGUCGUUUCCUUAUCCCCCAAAACCCUUCUCGAAUCCGAUCGCUACGUUUGUGAGAUAUGCAACCAAGGCUUCCAAAGGGAUCAGAAUCUCCAAAUGCACCGCCGCCGCCACAAAGUACCUUGGAAGCUACUCAAGAAGCCACACACGGUGGAUGCCAUCAAAAAAAAGGUCUUUGUUUGCCCCGAGCCGACAUGUCUCCACCACGACCCUUGCCAUGCCCUUGGUGACCUCGUUGGCAUCAAAAAACACUUCCGCAGAAAACACAGCAACCAAAAGCACUGGGUUUGUGACAAAUGCUCUAAAGCUUAUGCUGUUCAUUCCGAUUUCAAAGCUCACCUCAAAACCUGCGGUACCCGUGGCCAUUCCUGUGAUUGUGGCCGUGUCUUUUCCAGAGUGGAGAGCUUUAUAGAACACCAAGACGCUUGCAAUAUCCGCCAGAUGAGGUCCGAUCAGUGGCAGCUCAUGCCAUUAUCACUCCCAUUACUACAAACCGCUAAUCCACUACGAGGGUUUCCAAUUUUAUCAUCAAACAAAGACCAUGAUCUCAAUCUCCAUCUCUCUUCUCCAAGCUCCGCCUUUUUGAAUCUCUCAAUUGGGUCCAACAAGGAGCCGAAUGACAAGCGUCAGCUCGAGCUCGCAAUCGAGGAGAAAGCAUACGCAGACGAAGCAAGACGAGACGCGAAGCGACAAAUCGAAAUCGCCGAGGUUGAGUUUACCAAUGCCAAAAUGAUAAGGCAGCAAGCUCAAGCGGAAUUGGAAAAAGCAAGGAUCUUGAAGGAAGAAGCCAGCCGGAAAAUGAGCUCCACCAUUAUGGAAAUCACUUGUGAAACUUGUCGGUUACAUUUUCACAUGAGCUCCGUCGCAGCAGCCGAAGAGACCUCGCUCGCCAUCAGCUACAUGUCGUCUGCUACGACAGAAGGUGACGGAGAAUGAAAUUCAUUAAAAAGAGAUUCAGAGUCAUCAAUUUUCAUAAUCAUCUCAUCUCGUAAAAUAUGAACUAAGUUGAACAAUUACAUUGGAGGGUGGAUUUGGUUUAUUAUUGUAUAUGCGAUGAUUAUUGCGGUGUCUC